CAUUUUACACUUUUCAAAAAAAAUUCUUUAAUAAAACCAAAUCAAAUUGCCCAUUUCUGAGCAUCGUUGGAGACAAUUGGUACCUAAUAAAUCGGCAACUUUGGAAUUUUUUUGUGCCCUUUAUCCAAAUUUCCGUUAAAUCAAGCAAAUUUACAUUUUCCUUCUCUGCUAAAUCAGUUGCGCCACGAGUAGCAAUUCGCGUGCUGUGUUGAGAGGCCGCCAGCUGGGACUCAUCGAUUUUCUCAUCGAGGACACAUCAUUGGUUGUCAGUAAUGGAGAUGUCGUAGAAAAACACAAAAUGCCCUCAAUCGCAGUGACGUCCAAUGUUUCUCCGUGAAAAAGUGUUUUGGCGUUCUCCAAGAGGACUAUCCGAUCGCCUGCGCCCCCGCACGGUGUCCGCGGUGCCCCAGAGUGUCGAGUGGAGUGCAGUGAGUGGCGCCCGCAGGGCGAAUGAGUGAUUUGGCCCCCUUUCGCAGUGUGUGACAAUUCGGGGGAUUCCGCCCCGCGCGAACAGAGACUGACGCGGCCAGGCGAGGACUUGGCCCGGCGAUGGGAGUUGUGCGCCCGCGUGAGCGCCAGUGGAGCUGAUAGACCCGUCCGGGAGUGACACGGCAGCCAUGAACGUGAGCCCACACAGCGGCCCGGGGCCGCCGUUCAGUCGGGGCCUCUCGGAUCGGUCAGUGACUGGGCCCUCGUGUCGUGCCCUCAAGACCGCCGUCUCGGCGCUCUACUCCGUCGACGACUUCGUCAAGGAGAAGAUCGGCAGCGGAUUCUUCUCCGAAGUGUACAAGGUGACACAUCGAACUACUGGACAAGUUAUGGUACUGAAGAUGAAUCAAUUGAGAUCAAAUCGGCCAAAUAUGCUGCGUGAAGUACAACUGCUCAAUAAAUUGUCCCAUCCAAAUAUUUUGAGUUUCAUGGGCGUGUGCGUGCAAGAGGGGCAACUGCACGCCCUCACGGAAUACAUCAGUGGCGGCUCGCUGGAGCAGUUGAUUCAAUCGCAGGGUGACAAGUUGUCGCCCUGUGUCAAAAUAAGACUGGCCCUGGGCAUUGCCAGGGGAAUGCAAUAUGUUCACGAUGCUGGAAUCUUUCAUCGGGACUUAACAAGCAAGAACGUCCUGAUAAGGAGAUCAGCGAGUGGACAACUUGAUGCUGUUGUGGGUGACUUUGGACUUGCAGCGAAAAUCCCGCGGAAGAAGAGUGGCAAAAAUCGCCUGGAUACAGUUGGUUCGCCGUAUUGGAUGAGUCCAGAAUGUCUGAAUGGGCUGUGGUACGAUCAGACGAGCGAUGUUUUUUCGUACGGAAUAAUUUUAUGUGAAGUAAUUGCAAGUAUCGAAGCGGAUCCAGAUAUCUUGCCGAGAACAGACUCUUUUGGAUUAGACUAUUUGGCGUUUGUGGACUUGUGCCCUGCUGAUACUCCACCUGCAUUCUUAAGACUGGCAUUUUAUUGUUGUACCUAUGAUCCAAAGAGUCGACCAUCCUUCAUGGAGAUUGUCAAGAAGAUUACCAUGCUUCUGGAGAAAGUCAACGACGACGACAGCGUGCUGCACAUUGUCUCGUCGCCACUGAGCGAGGCGGUGGCCAACAGGGCGCUGAACGGGGCGCUGGCGAACGGCGUGAAGCGCAAUUCGGUGGACGCCAGAGUGAACGCUGCCGGCGCGAGUGAAUCGAGUGAGGAGGAGGAAGGUCUGGUGCGGAUGCGCAACAAGAGUGAGCUGAAGGAUCACGCGCCGUUGCAGCAUCGCCGAUCGAUGUCUGAGAACGUGAUUGUCUUCCCGCAGCACACGACGCCGAGCGACAAGGCGCGCUGUCACAUGCUGAACAGGCAGAGUCGAGAGCCAGACUCGCCCACACCCGACUCGCCCACAUAUUCGAAUGUGACGCUGAGGAAAGUGGCUGAGACGAUGUUCCUGAAGGAUCCGCAGUACAAGCCACGCGUCGGUGGCGAGAAUACCAAAUUGAAUCCGUUCACGGCGCUGGCACAGUUGCGUGGCGUGAAGAAGAUUCUCGGUGCAAAUCCCAGCUCCUACACGGCCGGCGUUGGCGACUUGUUCAGCUCGUGCUUCGAGAUGUCGUCGCCGCUGGUGAAGGAGGAGUGGACGUACUUCGACAAGGCCGGCCCAAACGGUGAGAUCACGCCCAAGAGUCUUCCCAAUUCGCCGAUUAGUGGCCGGAAGGAGUACAAUUCCCAGACGUCGACAGUGGCGACGGAAGCGUGUCCGAAGAGCAGGAAGAAGCAGAGUUGUGAUAAGGGCGGCAAGGAGUAUUUGGAGCUGGAUCUGCAGAAGUGCACGGGAACUAUUAAGAAGUUCAAAGCCAAUUCCCUGUUCAGUCAUCCGCUGUUCAAGAGUGGGCACGACGAGGAGAAGAAAGUGGCGCCCGAGGCGCCGGAGAAGGAAUUGAUUGAGAAGAGCAAAUCGGACUCAAGUGAGACGGUUUGCUAUGAGAAUCCGCAUGUACUUAAUCGUCGCGGUUCGACGGAGAGUGGCUUCUUUUCCUGUCUCAAUGAGGACUUUGGUGGUGGUGCGUCGGCCUCGUGUUGCUUCGAUCGCAUCAACAUGGACACACCGGAUCGCCUGCAACUGUGUCCGUGCGAUUUCUACGCGGCACAGCAGUAUCAGACACCAAAGAAGGACGAUCUGGAGUUGUCGAGUCAGACGCUGAAUGACUCCAACAGCAUUCUCCUGUUCGACGAUGCGUCGACGCCGGUGAGUUCGCUGCGGAGUCUGGAUGAUUUGGAGCUGUCGGACUCGCGAAAGCAGCGAUUCCACUGUCGCCACCACAUGAUUGGCAGCAAUGUGGACAUCGACACGCGAUCGAUUGACAUGGGACUGAUUAACAGAUUGGCGCUGGACUCGGAGAUCAACAGUCUGAUACAGAAGAGUCAGUUUGCCAAUCAGUUGCUGUACUGCAAGAACAGGACGUCGUCCAUCUACACAGACAGUUCUGACGACAUCAGCAGCUUGGCGGGAUCGGAUUCACUGCUGUGGGACGAUCGAUCGUACACGGCGAUUCCCAACACGAGAUCAGCUCAGAUUGCCAAGAUUGUGGAGUACUUUGAGCGCAAGGGUCAGGCAUUUAAGCAGUUCAGCGUACCUGAGUCACUCAAAACGACGCCGUCCACGCAGUUUGCAUCGCAAUCAGCACGGAAUCCGCUGGCGGGAUGCUUCAGCGACAUGAAGCGCGAGUACGGCUUUGCCGACUACAAGGGCCGCAAUGUUGACUACGAGGCGUUCUGCCUGGAGUUGGAUAAGAAGCCCACGCAGCAGCGAUUGACUGUGUGCGAGGGUGCAGUUCGGUCCAAAUUGCAGCUGUUCGACAAGCUGAAGCAGAACUCUUCGACGCCGGGCAGUGCAAAUAAUGUCGGUGGGAGUCAGAAUGAGUAAUUUUGCGUAUAAUGGUUGUUUGGUGGAGGAAAAGAAGCGCCAUAUCUUAAGGGAUAAGCUUUUCGCGAGGUGAGAAAGUGAGAGAGAGAGAGUGAAAGAGAAAGGGUGGAAAAAAUAGUGCAAUGAUGAUAAAAAUUGAACUUUUAAUGGGUUAAGAGACACCAGAUUCUUCCUUAUAAUGUAAAAUGUAUUUGCAUAUACACACUCAAUGCACGCAAUUAACACACGGAUCACAAAACUUGAGUCCUCGUCAAAGAUGCCAAUUAAGUAGUUUACCGAUUGCGCGCACAAGAUUAUGUGAAAAUGCAUUUUCUUAUAAGAGAAAACAGAUGAAAAGAAAACACUAAGAGUAGAGAGAUUAAUUGUAUAAAAAAAGAAAGAGAAAGAUAAUGAAAUGCAAGUGUGUAUUUGGAAACAAGAACUUUAUACAUAAAUAUUGAAUAAUUUUAUUUUUCUUACUUUUUUCAGAACAUUUAAGGAUGUUUAGGUACAGAUUUUUGAAGCAAUAUUUUUAAGAUGAACACUUUUUUGUGGAAAUAAUCCUAACAAGAUUUUUGCAAAGAUUAACUUAUUUUGAUGGAUGCGCAAGAAAACUAUAUAUUUUUCUCCUUUUCAAAUGUACAAGACAAGAAAAAAAAAUGAGGAAUAUUUGCCGAAAUAAAGAAAAAUGAAGUAUUUUUUGAAGAAAAGUAAAACUUUCUAGUCAUUGUAUUUAUUUUUCAGUUAAAAUUAUUAGGUUUUUUUUCGUUCAAUAGAGGAUUAAACAGUGAAUAAACAGAGAUAAAAAAAAUGUACGAACUCAAUUUUUAGAAUUAAACAAUGCAAGAGGAAUGCAAACAAUAAUUUUACGAUGAAAAAAAAUGUAAUGUUUCAUAAAAAAAAAAAAUUAUGGCCUUAGAAAUACACACACAGACACAUACUUUUGAAAUUUGUCCUAUUGUUUAGCAAUUACUCAUGAAAUCAAUUGAUUUUGACGCUAUAUUUGAUGAAAUAACGAAGGUAAACCUUUCAGUGUAUUACCAGUAUUACACAUCUUCCAUUUUUAUCAGAGGAGAACAAGUUUUGAGUGACAAGAUUUGUAUAAUAUUCAUCUGAUUGUCAAUUACGAAAGUAAAAAGAAACUGAUUUUUUAGCGAAUUGAGUGGUAAAAAGAAAAAAAAAAGAUUUUCAUGGUAAACUGUAAAGGAAGUAUAUAGAAGAGAAUUUUUUGUAAAAUAUAGUCAAUGUGAGGGUGAGUAGAAAAACCAUAAACUAUACGUACACUUUUACCUGUACUUCUUGUCCGUCUUGUUAGAGACUUUUCAGUCAUGUCAACUAUGAGUUCGUGCACUUGGCGAAGUACUUUGACCUCGCCCAAAUAUGAUUUGUUCAUAAGUAACUUAAUAUCGUGCUAAAAUGUAUCAUUAUACUGGUUAACUAAGAAGCAUUACGAGAAACCUUAGUAUUUGACAGAUUAUUUUUAUUUUAAGAGAACCUAAGUUAUGCCUUAACUGUAUUUAUAAUUAUUAUUUCACCCUAAUUAGAGUCUUUGUUUAGUCUAUUCGUCACACAUUUUGCUUACAUACGGAUUACAUAGUACCUAGAAUGCCUAUGAACACGAGAAAAAAAGGAAGCGUAUAAAAUAUUUUUAUGUGUGAAAACAACAACAGAAUGGAUUUGCCAAACCAAAUUAUUUUUACAAAGAACUAUUAAAACCUAUCCAAUCAACUAAGGACAUCUCUAUAUCUAUAUUUUUUAUUUAAACUAUUUAAUUGGAACAAUGAAUUCAAUCCGUUAUAAUUGUUAUUGCAAAUUUAUAAUAAUCACGAAAUGUUCACAGGAAAUCUUAUUACCAACAAAAAAAAAACAAGUCUUACAUUUUUUUUUCUUCAAUCUUACCAAAGAAGGCGAAACAAUGAUGAAUAUAUAUAUGGGAUCAUGGAAUCAUUUGAGGAGCGAGUUUCAUUAAAGUAAAGGAAUUUAAGGAAAAAAAA